UUUUCAUUCAUUCACUUUGUCCCUGGAGCGACUCUCUUAGGGAAGGUCAAUGACACACUCUUUCACCACCUUCACACGCAAUGUGUUUCAAGCAAUGAUCGCAAACAACGAUAUUCGCCUUCUUCCCACGAUGUCACUAUUUUUGACACUGGUUCUGCGUUGUCAUUACCAUGGAUUGCAGGGCUCAGAUAUUGCAUAGCUGUAUAAAAGUCCAGUAGCAUGCUUUCUGGCGGUCCAUCUCAACUUCAAGUCAAAGCUGGCCAACUGCUGGAUCAAAUUGUCCAAGUUAAAAGGUCUCCUGCUAACAUCAAUGAGCCUCCCGCCUCCUCUGGAGUUAUCACUCCUCGAGCCAGACCAGGAAUGCCAGAUGCUUCCUGUUAUCGAGCAACUCCGUGACUAUAGCAACUUUAGUCGAUGGCUGGAUCAGGUUCAGGAAGCACUAGCAGAAUGGGACUUGCAGGAUUACAUCGAUCCCUUUGCCCCAAGACCUGAGCCUGAUGAUAGCGGUUAUGAGGAAUGGAAACAACAGGCAGAUGUGAUCUUCUCCUGGCUGUGCCUUUAUACCUCACCUGCCCUCCGCGAAGAUCCAAUAUUUAAGCGCUCCCCGCCCCAACUUCCCGAAGAAUAUAUCCCUACUGUCAAGGAUAUUCACCUCGUGAACAUCGACGAAUUUUUCGACCCACCUUACUCCAAGUAUGGCGAGACUAUUUAUAGCGUUGGUCUGGCCGAUGAAUGUCCCAAAUACAUGGCUGAGGAAACUUUUGAGAUGAUGACUCAUAGAGGAAGGCAUAUUCGUUUGGACUAG